AAUAUCGCGCACCACACGGACGUGCAGCAAAAACCAAACAGCAGCUUUCACGUGUGAGCACAGGAGUGUGUCAACUGUGAACAAAUAUUAGUCUGGGCCUGGAAAAGAAAGUUUUUUUUUUAUUCUUUUUUUAAAUCUUAGUUUUCGAAUUAAAUACGGACCGAUAUCUUCUAGCUUCAGUAGGAAGAAAAGAGAAGACACGGGAGCGCUUUUGAGUUGCAGCUGAAUUUUGAGUCGCAGGUGCUCAACCCUGUCCCCUCUCCCCCAGCCCCAUCCGGUCUGCUCUGCAAGGACAUGACCUGCUGCCAUUCUCCCUCCUCUACUCUCCUUUUAGUCCUGCUCAGCAUUGCUCCACAGCUACCUGCUGCUGCCCCACUGCUUACUGAAAGCCCUCCUACGGGCACCAGCAAUGGAACACUUUGGCUGGUGGACCCAGAACCAGCCACAGCAGCUGGAGCAGUCAGGACGCACAGGAAAGUGGAAGGCAUCCUCCAGACUCCUCGGAGACAGGAACGCUUUGCAGACAUAGACUCUGCCAGGGCACUGGUGUCUGUCUUGUUAGAGGCUCUUGAUCAUCCUUCUAAAGAUGAGAAGGGAAAUUUAGUAGAGACAGAGGAGUACAUAAAGAAGGAUCCAUGGAAGGAGCUGGAGAUGUGGAGGAAUAAGGAGGACCACAGAAACCCUGAGGAAGGCAUGGGUGUGGAGGAGAGUAUAGAGAUACCACUGUUGGGAGUGACUGAGGUGAUGCAAGGAGUAGAGAAAGGAGGAGAAGAAAAGGUAGGAUUAAAAGACACAUGGGUUUCUGAUGAGGAAAACCAGAAUGUUAACGACAAAAACAAGUUUGAGGAGAAGGAAGGGCUUUUGCAGAAUUUGCUCAGACAGAAAGCAGAGGUCCCAUCCCAAAUUGUCACCUCACUUCAACGCAAAACUCGGGGCUAUUUUCAAAACAUUGACCUUGGUCUCCAGGACAAUGAGAUCCUCCCACCUUUGAAAGGCUACAAAGCUUAUAACCAGCAGCUUGCCUUGGCCAGCAAGAAGCUUAAGUGGCAGGAAGAGAGAGAGAGAAACCCUUCACAGCUUGACAGAAACUUCAUGGAUGAUUUUGAUUUCAUAGAAGAGGAGGAGGAGGUGCUUCCACGUGAAGAAGAAGAGGCAAGGGCACGUGCGGAGCAGGAGGAGGUGCGGAAACAGGAGGCAGAGGCACAAGAGGCACGGGAGGAAGAACAGAGACUUGCAGACAUUGCCUCUGACAUGCUUCUGGAAUACAUGGGGAGGAAGCAAAAAACAGCUUCCUACAUGAAAGACAGGAAGAACGCUUUAUUGCUCAACAACGUGGCUGAGGACAAGCGGUCUAACGAAGUGGAGGACAGUGAUGAUGAUGAAAUGGACCCAGAGACAAUUGACAAGCUGAUCGAAAUCUCUAGUAAACUGCACCUACCUGCUGAUGAUGUAGUUGAGAUUAUAACAGAUGUGGAGGAGAAAAAGAAGAGGAAGGACCCACCACCAAACAAUGCCCCCCGUUUCAGGCCUUUAGUCCCACUGAAAGCCAAACAGAGGGCUCCUAUUUAUCAAUACCCUAAAUCCCCAAAGAAAGCCUCUUACAAGAUUAACCCCUAUAAAAAGUGGUACAAGGAGAAAAGCAAACCCAAGUUUAACAAGCAGGACUACUGGUUUAAGCCAGAGAAGCAGCUAUUAGCAUAUCCUUCCUUUCCCUACUAUCAGAAGCCAUAUCGAGCCUAUUACCCUGUCUAUUUUCCAUCUCCUAAACCACGUUUUUACACAAAGCCUGCACUCUCCUUUGACUACAACUUUGGAGACCCUUUAAGUUAUGGCUUCAAGCCUCCAAAACGUAGGUACAAAGACAGAGCCAAGGGGAGGGAGCGAAAUCGGGUACAAGGGGCACGUCGGCCUCAAAACGUCUACCCUUUAGCAGAUACAGUCAUUUCUAACUACAUCCUUCCUCAUCCCCGAACUUACCAGAUGCUCCCAGUGCCCAAAGCCCGCUCUCCUCCAAGUGCAGUGGCACCUGGCUAUUACUACCACCCAGACUAUGCGUAUGAUGAGCCAGAGCCUGUGCCAGAAAGUGACGAUGAGCUGGAGAACUUCAUUGAGAAGAUUUACUACAAUCGCAGGCUGUUCUAGAUAGUUCUCUAUCUGUGGGGAAGCCCUGUGAUAAAACCAUAGCGAUGAUAAAAGAGUGAGGAGAACAAAGAAAAAAAAAUCAGUGAGGGAGUGAGGUUAAGGGCUGAGGAAAGACUAAUUCUAUGUUACUUCUCCACUCUUGUUUUUUUUUUUUUUUUAAACAUUCCAGGUUAGGUCAGAAAAGCGAUGUUAAUGAGGUACUGGACCCUCUAUGUGUGUUUGCAUUCUGUUCCUCUCGCAGUUUACAUUUUCAUUUGGUGAGAGAACUUACGGGUGAAUUUGACAGGUUUCAUUCAGGUAUGGUUUAACUCUUGCAUGUCAAAACAUUUUAGGUGCCAAUUGCAAGAGACCCAUGUUUACACAAAGAUUACUUUUGAUGCUUGAUUAAUCGAUGUGAUUAAAAAAAAGGGUCUCAGCUUGGGACUGAAUUCUUGAGUCACUAGUGAAAUUAUUACUGACCCAUCUUUUUCAUAGGCCAUGUUUAGUUUUGAUCACCUUUUUUGUUUUGUCUUAAUAUGGCUCUAUUUAAUGUGCAUGCAGGUCUUGCACCCUUGAAAAAAAAAACUUUAUGUAAAACAAAAACAAAUAUCUACCACAAACUUGAAAGCAAAUCUUCCAUUCUGUUUAAAUAAAUGCAAAACGAAGGGUGUCUUUAAUGGAUGGAUGUCCUGUGAUGGUAGUCUUUCAGUAUUCUUUCACCUUGCCAAUGAUUUUUCUCUAUGCCUCACGUAAACAUUUUUAAAAAACGCCUUUAUUACUAUUUAUGGGUUGCCUCUAGCAUUCUAUCAACACUUUGUAUCUUUGUCUUGAGGGUCAGAAGAAAGCUGUAUAUAUUAUGUCUACUCAAAAGAAGUUUUAAAACACUUGAAAAGUCUUGGGAAAUGACCUGAGGUUGAAACGUCUGCACGUCUAUCUGUAUUUGCAUCUUUAAAAAAACUGAAAAAAAAAAAAUAUAUGAGGGAACAUGCCUCUUUGAAAAACUGUGGUAUUUUAAAAUAAAUAUACAAAAAAAACCCUAAGAAAUAAAUCUUUAAUUGUUUCCACAAGUGAAUCAAAGUCUUGUGAAAGGAAAUUGUUGUUGAUGUCACCUUCCAGAUUGUAAGUUGUACAGUGUGAAAUAAACAAGUGUGUGCAAUGUGUAAA